AUGAUUGAAUAGAUUGAAGGAAUAAAUAUAGCGGUGGAAGGAUGCUUUCAUGGAAAUUUUGAUGAAAUAUUUGGGACAAUCAGAGAAAUUGAAAAAUAGAAAAAAAUAAAAAUUGAUUUGCUUUUAGUUUGUGGGGAUGUUCAAACUCAUAGGAAUAAACAUGACAUGUUUAAUAUGGCUUGUCCAAUAAAAUAUCUAUCAAUGGGGACAUUUUAUAAAUAUUAUGAAGGAAAAGAGGCAGCCCCUUGUUUAACAAUUUUUAUUGGUGGUAAUCAUGAAGCUUCAAAUUAUUUGAGAGAAAUGUAUUUUGGAGGGUGGGUAGCUCCUAACAUUUAUUAUCUUGGAGAUUCUAAUGUGAUCUAAAUUAAAAAAGGAAAUACGACUUUUCGAUUGGGAGGAACUUCAGGAAUAUUUAAAAUUUUUGAUUUUAACAACCCUAAACUAGAGCCAUUUCCAUUUAAAAGUGAAUAACUGAGAAACGUUUAUCAUACAAAACAAAUAGACCUCUUUAAAUUAAGUCUAUAUGAAGGAGAAGUAAAUAUGUUUCUAUCUCAUGAUUGGCCAUAAUAGAUACAUCAACAUGGAUCAACUAAAGAGCUGCUAAAGAAGAAAUAGAAUUUUGAAGCUGACAUAAAAUCAGGCAGACUAGGUAGUCAGCCUCACAAAUUCACAUUAGAAAGAUUACAACCUGACUUUUGGUUUGCUGCACACAUGCAUGUUAAGUUUGAAGCCUUGGUCAAACAUAAAACCGGAAGGCAAACCAAGUUUUUAGCCUUGGAUAAAUGCAUAGCAGGAAGAGACUUCAUACAAGUGUUCACAUAUACUAAGGAUAAGAAAGAUUUAUAUGAGUAGUAUGCUUACAAUGAAGAACCAAUAGAAUUAUUUUAUGAUUCUGAAUGGCUUUCCAUUGUCCAUACUACCUAUAAAUUAUUGACAAUUUGGGAUAAGAUUCCAAAAUUAUUUGAAUAUAAUCCUGUAUUGAAAGAGUUAUAGAUAAUGAAAAAAGAUAAAUAUGAAGAGUUCUUGAAUGAGAAACGCGAAAGAAUGAAAAUAUUUGGAAAUCAUUAACUUAAAAUUCCUCAUAAUUUUGAAGUCACUACUCCACCUUAUGAUGAAUAAGACAAUACUAUUAAAGGUUUAGUUCCACCCAAGAGAAUCCCCUUGAAUAAUUAAAUGAAGAGUUAUCUUAAUUUGUUCAAUGAAUCGGGAUAAGAAUUGAAUGGUUUGAUAUUUUAUGAACCAGAUCAACCUAGAGUAAUUGGAGAAUUCGUUGCUCCGGAUUUUCUGCAAAAGUAGAUUGAAUUGGAAAAUCAAAAAGAGAUUUUAUAAUAAUAAGAUCUUAAGCAACAGCAAUUAGAAGAACCUUCUUCACCAAAGGAUGAUGAGUUAAAUAUAUAAGACUUUCCAUUUUUAUAAUGA